AUGCAUAUCAAUGAUGGGACCGUUCUUCUGAGCUUUUUGCUCGUUAUAUGCAUUGAUUUGUCUUCAGCAUUUUACUUCCAUAUCAAGGAUACGGAUGUUAAAUGUUUCCUAGAGGAAAUUCCUGAGGAUACUUUAGUUGCUGGUAAUCCGUAGUUUCUGUGUAAUCUCUGCAUGCCUAAAGGGAAAUACAAAGUUGCUUUACUUCAGCAGGAGGAAUUCGUCCACAGCAGCGCCAUAGGAAUUCACGUUACGGUUUAUGACCCCGAAUCCAAUGUUAUGAUGUCUAGGGUAAGCCCUUUAUUUCCUGCUCAAACUGGUAACGUCUUGCAAUUUACCUUUUUCCGUGGUAUUUUGAAAUCAGAAAGAUUGGGCCUUCGUUCCUGCACUCCAUAGCGCAUGUCAAGAUCUAAUCAUCCGAAUUCAGGCCCUUUCGAUUCUAACGUAUAGUUUGAGCCUACACAGCGGUUUAAUUCCCUACCAGCGGUUCCUACUAGCAACAGCGACUCGCUAUCGAAGGUCACGAAAGGUUUGACGUCUAGGCGCAGAUUCUGCCCAAAUUGUCGCUACCGAGACGACAUCGAAUAAUAGCGAUACGGCACUAUGCGGCAAUUGCGGUGGCGGACCUGCGUUCUAUAUCUUCUAGUUGACCUUCUCCAUCUAAUAUUUCAGCAAAAAUGUACUUAAGUCUUUUCCUGCCGUGUAAAAAUCGCCCUUCCCGCAGCAAAAAGCCAAAGGUAAACGCGAUUUUGUAUCACAGAAAGCGCGACUGUUAGGGUACUUAACGCAGCAAUGAACAAUAAUUCGGGUACGGAUAUGUAUCUAUUAUGGAAUUGACAUUCAUCUAGAGGCUAAUUAUGAGAGCAAGCUCUCUUGUUGUGGUCUUGUGAAUAUGUGUUUAUCGCAUGCGUAUGAUGAAAAGAAACCGUUAUGGCGACGGCUUUGUAUAGGGCCGAUAUAGCUGAUUCUGUUCACCGCACUUUGACUUCUACUCCUAGUUUUAUUGUAAAUGCACUGACAGUGUGAUUUAUAUCACUGUUGUAGUUUUGAUUGUUUUGUGCUGUCGCGACAUUUACAAUAGUUUUGACUAUUGACAGUUUUGCCCCAGGUAUGCAGGCAGUUUACUAGCCUUUACUGUAGUCCUGUUUUUAAUUUGCUGUUCACAUUAAUAAAGCAGAGACAUCCGGCCUGCAACACAUUUUCCACACGUUUGGCCCAGAUGAGGAUCUUAAUCAACAUAAGAGUCUGGCAACAACACUAAAAUAUAUUCGACCAGCAUGCCUUCAACGUUUCCUCCAAAAUCUCGACAUUCCCACUAUCGGAAGCUAACUAGCUUGAAAACAACAUCCCCGUUACGCUAUCAUUGCAGCACAGUCGCUAAGCCGCAAUUUGUGUUAAUUUUGUGGUGUCGUUUGCUCAACUGUCUGGCAUAUCUGCUUAUCUUCACAAAAUCACUACAAGCGUGGUGAGGUUCGUUAGUUUUCGUCGCAGUGGUCAAUUUCUUUAAUGCUAUCGUCGAGGUUUGUUAGUUCACUCAUAUUAGUAAAUUGUGCUAUCGGCAACUUUUAAUCUAGUUCCAUGAAAAAUAAUUUGUCCGUGCCUUUGUUCCUCGCAAAAGUUUAUCUCGAGAUGCGGUCAACUCUGCACCUAAGUCAGCCCAACUGUGGAACAAAGAAUGACUUCCGAAGUCACCAACUGACUACACACUAUAUUUCAUCUCCAGAAGCCUGGCUCCGUUAUUACACUUUCCAACAAUAAACAACUGAGGGACACUGGGGCGACAUAAGCACUAUAUCUUGCUUGUAAAAAUUCGAAGCCCGACAACCUAUGUAAGCCAUAAUAAUACGGGGAAAACAGGGUUCGGUCCCGUAAUUAGACGUUUUGGCUAUACCAUGCAGGAAACCUAUGUUUUGGCACUCCAUUGCCUUCAACACGACCAUCGACGUCCCCUGUAGCACCGGAGGGGGUUGCCUCCUAUAAGCCAGGGAAACUUCGUAUGGCCUCCAUGAACUCAUGACCCAAGUAUGACUAAGCUUAACAUUUGUGUGUGGCACCAGUGUUCCCUUUUAAUAUCAUUUUGCCCCUUCCUGCCCAACUUAAUCAUUAUCCUCGAAGAAGUACUCCGGCCCCUUCGGGGUUUUGGCCGGAAUACUCUUCUCUCAUUUUUUCCAGGUAUAUGUCCGAGAGCAUUAGUGCCCCGUCUCUUGCGGCGGCUGCCCUCGGGUCACUACAAAUAGCCGCUAAAACUUUGGCAGUGGGAGGAGACCUGUGCACUUUUUUGAAAAGAAUUCCAUAUUCCCUAUUGAUAUGGUUUCUUCCCACCCUCCUAAACGCGCCAUCUGUGACGAUUGAAUCUAUCUUGUUUCUUCCUUUAGAUGUACGCAUCCGAGGGACGAUUUACGUUUACAUCUCAAAUACCUGGCGAUCACAAAAUCUGUUUGUCAUCCAACUCUUCUUCCUGGGUGGGGAAGCAGAUUCUCGUAUGUUGUUUCUUCCUUUUUAAUUUGUACGACUUAGCGCGUCAGUCUCGAGCUGGCAGUUGGUGACCAUGCCCUUAACUACAAGGAAAUCGCCACCAGAGAAAAGUUGAAUGACAUCCAGCUCCGCGUUCGUCAACUUCUGGACCAAGUUUCCAUGCUUUCUAAGGAUCAGGACUUCCAGAGAGUAAGUCAGUUUGUACACAGACUAAAGAAACGUUCUGAGGCCACCCAUUGUACCGCUUAUGGACCCCAUGGUUAGAUUUUUUCAUUUCCACGAAGCUAACAUUCAAAGAAAAUUAAGCCGAUUUUAAGGUCAGAUGCAUCACUCGCAACCAAGUUAAAAACCUAUUUAUUAAUGUGAAUAGUAGCAACAAAAGUGGUGUGUUUAAUAAAUAUAGGUCAAUUAAACGCACAGAAAACCUCGACACAAAAGAUAGAUUAAGUAGAUUGUCAUGGUUAAGCUUAUAUCUUUCUCAUACAAGAACAACGAAAUACAUCCGAUGGGCCGCUAGAAAACACGAAACAUAUUGAGGUGUUUGGAGGCUUGUUCACAAGCACCCUUAGCUAAAAGGUUGGAAAUCUCGAACAAUGAUUUUCAGUUAAACUAAAAAAUAAGCACAAUCGAACGGCGAACAGCAUUCAAUUGUUCACAAAACGUCCUACGACUUCUGACAAACGGAUGCCAUAAAAAGCAGAUUCGGUCGACUUCUGUGCCCGUUCCGCAUAUCUUUCUAAUAGCGCCAGUCUCCCUUUCUCACUGUUAGAAUACGUCAGUCAUCACUGCUUUCCAGUCUGCCUUCGAGAUUCCAUAGAACACGUUUUUGUGCUAAUUUCCCUCUGGGCCCUUUAAAAAUUGUAAACAUACCCUUAGUCUCACAUUACUUCUUAAAGCUUGUUACAAAAUUCGAGGUUGAAAAACUAUCCACUUGUUAUUUCCUUUAAACAGGUCCGUGAGGAGUAUUUUAGACGCCUCAGUGAGAGCAUAUACAAUCGCGUAACAUGGUGGAGUAUUGCCCAAAUCCUCCUUCUGAUAUUUACCGGUAUUUUCCAAAUGCGCAAUCUUCGUUCCUUCUUCCUCGCCAAGAAGCUCGUCUAA